GACAGACGCCGUCAAACCUGUGUGAAGCUGAAAGCAGAAAGUUGUGCGUGUGAACAGCCUGCAAGCAAAGAAGAUAAUUUUAAGUAAAAAGUCAGAAAUAUUUAAAACAAGUACAAAAUGAGAGAAAUCGUACACAUCCAGGCUGGUCAGUGCGGCAACCAAAUCGGAGCUAAGUUCUGGGAGAUCAUCUCCGAUGAACAUGGCAUCGAUGCCACUGGAGCCUACCAUGGUGACAGCGAUCUGCAAUUGGAGCGCAUCAAUGUGUACUACAAUGAGGCGUCCGGUGGCAAAUAUGUACCACGCGCCGUUUUGGUCGAUUUGGAACCCGGCACCAUGGACUCAGUCCGUUCGGGACCAUUCGGUCAGAUCUUCAGGCCCGAUAACUUUGUAUUCGGACAGUCCGGUGCUGGUAACAACUGGGCCAAGGGUCAUUACACAGAAGGCGCCGAGCUGGUCGAUUCCGUGCUCGAUGUCGUUCGCAAAGAGGCUGAAUCCUGCGAUUGCUUGCAGGGCUUCCAGCUUACACACUCGCUUGGUGGCGGCACUGGUUCCGGUAUGGGUACCUUGCUGAUUUCUAAGAUCCGUGAAGAAUACCCCGACAGAAUCAUGAACACAUACUCGGUUGUGCCUUCACCCAAGGUGUCCGACACCGUGGUGGAACCCUACAAUGCCACAUUGUCGGUGCAUCAGUUGGUUGAGAACACAGAUGAAACCUACUGCAUCGAUAACGAGGCUCUCUACGAUAUCUGCUUCCGUACCCUUAAGCUGACAACCCCCACUUAUGGUGAUUUGAACCAUUUGGUUUCCCUGACAAUGUCUGGUGUAACGACGUGCCUCCGUUUCCCCGGCCAACUGAAUGCUGAUCUCCGUAAACUGGCUGUCAACAUGGUUCCAUUCCCCCGUCUGCAUUUCUUCAUGCCCGGUUUUGCACCACUCACAUCUCGCGGCUCUCAGCAAUACCGUGCUUUGACCGUACCCGAGCUGACCCAACAGAUGUUCGAUGCCAAGAACAUGAUGGCUGCCUGCGAUCCUCGUCAUGGCCGUUACCUGACAGUUGCUGCCAUCUUCCGUGGCCGUAUGUCCAUGAAGGAGGUCGACGAACAGAUGCUCAACAUCCAGAACAAGAACAGCUCCUACUUUGUUGAAUGGAUCCCCAACAAUGUUAAGACCGCUGUGUGCGACAUCCCACCACGUGGUCUGAAGAUGUCUGCCACAUUCAUUGGCAACUCCACCGCCAUUCAGGAGCUGUUCAAGCGCAUCUCUGAACAGUUCACUGCUAUGUUCCGUCGCAAGGCUUUCUUGCAUUGGUACACUGGUGAGGGUAUGGACGAGAUGGAGUUCACUGAGGCCGAAAGCAACAUGAACGAUCUGGUCUCUGAAUACCAGCAGUACCAAGAAGCCACUGCCGACGAAGAUGCCGAAUUCGAGGAGGAACAAGAGGCUGAGGUCGACGAGAACUAAACACACAACAACAACCACAACAACCAACAACUCAAAAAAUGUUUUGCGAAAAAUAAAAAAAAACCGAGAACAAAGCUUAAGUUCUAAAAUAUUUGUUCUUUUAACAACGUAAUAAAUAAAGUCGGAUCCCAUUUUGUUCACAACUCUAA